AUGUUGUCACUUAGAACUGUAAUCACAACAAAAAACUUAGGUCUCACCAGGAGCCUGAUGGGUAUUUCCAUGAGGUACUCAUCCACGCUGAAGAAUGUUGCUGCAACAGGCCCUGCUCCAAAGCUCACCACUUCAGAUUUGAAUCCUUACGUUCGUUCCGCAAAGUAUGCUGUUAGAGGCCGUAUUCCAGCCAAGGCCGAAGAGCUUAAGAAGCAAUUGGCUUUAGAUCCAAGUUCGCUUCCAUUCAAAAAAGUGAUUAAUGCCAACAUUGGAAACCCACAGCAGUUAGAUCAGCAGCCUUUGAGCUUCUACAGACGGGUUCUUGCACUUAUUGAAGAUCCUGAACUUCUUUCCAACAAAACUGUCAUCAGCACAUUUCCAAAGGAUGUGGUCAAGAGGGCCCAAGAAUUGUUGGAGUGCGUCAAGUCUGUUGGUGCAUACUCCAAUUCUCAGGGUAUAUCUGUUGCCAGAAAGCACGUUGCCGAGUACAUCUCCAAGAGAGAUGGUUAUCCAUCAAAUGCUGAUGACAUAUUUUUAACCGCUGGUGCCUCUACCGCAGUUCAGUACUUGAUUCAACUGUUGUCAAACGGUCCAAAAACGGGCUUUCUCAUUCCGAUCCCACAGUAUCCACUUUACACGGCUGCAAUUGCAUUAAACAACACAGUUCCUUUACCUUACUAUUUACAGGAGGAGCAAGACUGGUCAGUUGAUUCAGAUGAGAUUGUUGGAGUGAUUGAGAAAGCCAUCUCUCAGGGUAUAAAGCCACGCUGUCUUGUUGUGAUCAACCCGGGAAACCCAACAGGAGCCAUCUUGAAGCCUGAGGCACUUGCCAAACUUUUCCAGAUUGCCGCAAAGUAUGGAAUACUGGUGAUUGCAGAUGAGGUGUACCAGGAAAACGUCUACAGAGGUGAGUUUGUGUCCGCAAAGAAGGUUCUUCGUGACAUUCAGGCCACGGACAAGUCUGGAUUUUAUGAUAAUGUCCAACUUGCAUCUCUACAUUCCACCUCAAAGGGUUUGAGUGGUGAAUGUGGACACAGAGGUGGAUACAUGGAGCUUGUUGGAUUGGAUCCUUCUGUGAAGGCGGAGCUUCUCAAGCUUGCAUCUAUCUCUUUAUGUGGACCUGUCACAGGACAGUCGUUAGUUUCGCUAAUGGUGAAUCCACCACACAAAGGUGAAGAGUCAUACGAUCUUGAUCAGCAGCAAAGGAGGAAAGUGUACAAUGACUUGGCAACAAGAGCCAAAAAGCUCUAUGAAUCAUUCAAUGAGAUGGAAGGUGCUUCGUGCAGAAAUCCUAUGGGAGCCAUGUACUGUUUCCCUAAGCUUGAGCUACCCGAAAAGGCUAUUGCUGAGGCCAAGAAGCAGAACAUGACGCCAGACACAUUCUAUGCCGAGCAGUUACUACUUAGCACUGGUAUUUGCACAGUUCCAGGGUGCGGGUUUGGUCAGAAAGAAGGAACUUAUCACGUUCGUACUACAUUCUUGCCUCCGGGAACGCAGUGGAUUGACGACUGGAAGAAAUUCCAAAGCAAAUUUAUGAAGGAGUUCAGCUAG